ACUGUUAAACAGAUUGCUGAAGAUGGACUUCUUGGUGGUGUUAUACAUGUUAACACGCUGUAUCGUAAACUAAAAGAAAACAACAUACAGAUAAGAUCCUCCUACUCAAACAUGCCAGAUGAUGAGCUUCAGGGAUUAAUCUCAGAUUAUAAUAGAGAUCAUCCAAAUGCAGGUGCUUUAGAGGUCCAAGCCUAUUUAAAAACUAAAGGAGUAAAUGUUCAGCGUCAGAAAUGCAGAGACAUAUUAGGCAGAGUAGACUCACUUGGAACUGCUACAAGAUGGUCAUGUACUAUUCAAAGGCGUCAAUACAGUGUCCCCACUGCAAACUCAGUUUGGCAUGUUGACACUCAUCAUUCACUCAUCAGAUGGGGCAUAAUUGUGCAUGGCGGUAUUGAUGGUCACUCAAGACUCAUUCCAUUCCUAAGGGCUUCAACUUUCAACACAUCAAAGGCUGCUGCAUGCUUUUUUGUUCAGGGUGUGAAGAACUAUGGGGUACCCAGCAGAAUACGUGCUGACCACGGUACAGAAUAUGCAGACACUGGGCGGUUCAUGAUUUCAGUAAACGGUGAGGGAAGAGGAAGCUUCAUGACUGGGCCUUCUGUCCACAAUCAAAGAAUAGAAAGGUUAUGGCAUGACAUAUUUAUUAAAGUCCUUGAUGUUUUCUACAAACUAUUUUGUCUUAUGGAAGAACAGAAUAUUCUUAACACCACAAACAGUAUCCACAGAUGGGUCUUGCAGUAUGUUUUCGUACCACGUAUUGACUUUGCUUUAAGAGAGUGGAUGAAUACCCACAAUAACCAUAAGAUCAGAACUGAGGGUAACAAAACACCAAAUAUGAUGUGGUUCAAAUCACUUUUACUAGGGAAUCCAGAAAAGAACACCAGCAUCCGCAACAUAGAGAAUCCACCUGAUGAGCGUGUUGAUGAGGUCAUUCAAACUCUAAACCUUGAACUUAAUGGAACAAUCUUCUUAAAACCAAGAGACAACUGCCCAUUAAUAGAAGAUGAAUUCACGGAAUUAAGGAAUACCAUUGACAUAACAAAAUAUUCAGUAUCACAUGGACUAGAUGUGUUUAGAGAUGUUAUGCUCCAUGUUAUGUCUAAACAAACUUAAACACUGUACUUUUUCAUAUACAAUGUAUAACUGUGAAUGUAAUAUUAAAAGUAUAAGCUUCUAUAUAAAUGCAAUAUUUGAUAUAGGACUAAUCUCCUUCUUUUGUAUUAAAGCAUAUAUUUACUGAGAUUCAGUGCAAAUGUAUAUUCUGUGUGCAAAUUGCAUGGUUCCUCCAUCAAGUUCUAAAAAAAUCCUAUUUAAUUGGUGAGAUUAAAUUAUUUUUGAGCAAUGAUAUCAGUAUGUAUUCCUUGACAUCUUUAACCCUGGCAUACCAAGAAUUAUGUGUUUUAAGGAACAGAAUAUGAAGUGUAUGAUCUAAGCUGUCAGUCUCUCUUAUUUGUGGGGAUACUGUGAUAAAUGAAUUCCUGCUUUUUUUUUCUCUUUCAAAUCUAUAGUUUAAAUCCUAGUAUGCAGAAUAAGGCCCUUAACCUUACUGCUAAUAAUAAUUUUGUAUACAGCCUGAAACACAGAGCAAAAACCCACACUUUAUACUUAGCUUUGAAUCAUUCCACAGUGUGUCCGGAUAGGGAACAGGCACAGGCAUUAAUGGAAGGGUAAACAAAAUGAGUGCCAAACCCUACCUUAAACUGUACAAGUGGUGUUAUGACAGUAGGUGAAAAUAAGUUGAAAAAGGCUCAGAUAAACGCCCUUUUAGUUUUAGUUGAGCCUGCAUUUUUUGUCCAUAUCUCAGAUACUAUAAGCAAUAGGUCUAGUACAUCCAGUGUAUAUAAGGUGUACAUGUCCAAUUGGCAGGUGUCAUCUAACUUUGACCCUAUUUUUGUGUUUGUGGUCUUUUUCUUAAACUAUAAGCAAUAGAUCAACUAUAUUUGUUGUAUGGAUGAAUUGUUAGCUGUACAUGUCUGCCUGGCAUUGUAAAUCUGACCUUGGACCUCAUUGGUUCAUGGGUCAAUACUUAGUUUUCUUGGUCACUGUAAAGUUUAUGUGACAGUUGUGAUGAAGCUUUAUAAUAAGAACUAUCAACAUGAUAUUAAUGAUUAGUGGAGAAGGCGAGACAUUACAGUGUGUGAACUAUUGUUAUACAUUUCCACUUGUUCAUAAUAAUUUUCAUAAAUCAAAACCUAACCAAUAUUAUCAAAAAUAUAGAUAUCCUAAACAGUCCAAUAAAUCCUAACUACUUGCAAUACCAAAAUAAAGUCCUGACAGGUGAUAGAACCAUUUAUAAAGAAUACAGCUAUGUAGAUUUCAUAUUUUGUUCUUUUUUAUUUUGGCAUUAUCUUAAUUGGGAAAAGCUACAUUUGUGCAUUCAAAAAGCAUAUAUAUAUACAUGUAUAUACAUGGUUGAAAUUUUAUUCAAGUCAACAUGAGUUAGAGUAUUGCAUUUGAUUUUCCAUAUAAAAUACAAUAAAUUGUAUACUAUAAAUCAAGUUGUUUUUUAACUAUCUAAGUGUAUCUUUAUUGUGUAUGUAAUUUCUAUGUAUUCAUGCUAAUAAAUGUUCUUUUUCUUU